AAUAAAAAGUAUCAUAGGACUGCAUCGGCGGCAUAACCAUGCUGAGCAUCUUAAACGCACAAAUUGUUUGAAUUUCCAAAUCAUUCUGAGAAAUAUUAGAACUGUUAAAAUGAGUUGGUUGAGGAGGACAGGUCCCUCUGGGUUUUCAUUUUAUUCAACAGCUGAGGAAGUUACAGAAGGAAUAGAUGCCACAGGCUUAACAGCAAUUGUUACAGGUGCUUCACGUGGAAUAGGCACUGAGACAGCCCGCGUUCUUGCACUACGAGGUGCUCAUGUGGUUUUGGCUGUCAGAAAUGUUGAUGCUGGUAAUACCAUUAAAGAAUCUAUUAUUAAGCAAACUGGCAAUACUAAAGUGGAUGUUCUGGAGCUAGAUCUUAGCUCGAUCUCAUCAGUUCAAAAUUUUGUUUCCAACUUCAAAUCUUUGAAUCUUCCUGUGAACAUUUUAGUAAACAAUGCAGGAGUAAUGGCAUGUCCUUUUCAGCUUUCUCAAGAUGGCAUAGAAUUACAGUUUGGUACAAAUCAUAUUGGCCAUUUUCUUCUGACAAAUCUUUUAUUGGAGAAUAUGAAAUCUACUGCUCGUGAAUCAGGCAUUGAAGGGAGAAUUGUUAAUGUUUCUUCAGAAGGGCAUAAGUUGACUUAUUCAGAAGGCAUCCGUUUUGAUAAGAUAAAUGAUAAAUCAGGGUACUAUGCAUUCCUAGCAUAUGGGCAGUCAAAGCUUGCUAAUAUUUUGCAUGCAAAGGAGCUUGCAAGAAAGUUUCAGGAAGAAGGUGCUAGUGUGACUGCUAAUUCAGUUCAUCCAGGACCCAUACCUACAAAUCUUACGCGAUAUUCAAAAUUUCUGGGAUUUCUUGUAGUACUUGCUAAAUCUCUUUUCAAGAACAUUCCACAGGGAGCAUCAACUACAUGUUAUGUGGCUUUGCAUCCCCAGCUUAAGGGAGUCAGUGGGAAGUAUUUUUGUGAUAACAAUGAAAUUGCCCCAAGCAAACAUGCCACAGAUCAGGAAUUGGCAAGGAAGUUGUGGGAGGUCAGUGAGAAGAUGGUUUCAUAAUCUAUCUCCGUGCUUUUAGCAAGAUCACAUUUUACAGAAAAUUAUUAUAUCAAAGAUAGUGAAGUCUCUUGUCCUGAAAUAUCCCUUUUAUAAAUGGUGUAUUCAUUCAGUUGGUCCUUAUCUCACUUGGAUAAACCAAAAAUUUAUUCUUUUCUGUACUGAAUGUAGUCUAUAGAGAAUAUGCAAGUUUAGUGUAGGUGUGAUGUUAAUUUAGUAAAAUGUUAUUAUAUAAGCCUUAAGGAUCUCGUUAUGGCAUAAACUGGAUAAUUUUUGCCCAGAAAUAUUUUAAAAUUGGAUUUUCCAAUCAGCGAAUGUUUCAAAAAAUUUCAACAAAAUAAAAUGCGCCUUAAGUUGUUGUA